AUGAAAGCCGCCCUCCAACUAAAAAAGCCUGCUCUCCUGCACCGGCUCCGACCGCGGAUGUACCGGACUGCGUCGAUGAACCUUCGGCGGCUGCCGGUGCAGGAGGCCCGGCCUCCUCCCGGGAACCCCACAAUGCAAAAACCAAAACAACAACACAGUCACAGCGGACCCCUUGCCACACCCCCUGUGGUCACGGGAAGGGCACGACCCGCGGAAUUGUGGGCCAAACAAAAAAAACUGACACCCGCACCCAACCAGCCAGCGGGACAACAACCGCAGCAGCAACCAACACCGAAAGCAGAGACACUUCUCAGCGGCUUUCCGGCACCUGAGCCGGUCCUCCCAGGUUUACCUCAAUUCCAACGACACCACACACACCCACCGCCAACGGAUCAGCAAUCGAGACCAAAAUCACUCCGAGGAGCAGAGAACAUCAACACAACGAACACCCCAUCACCCCAAUGA